UUGUUCUACUCUCCCUCUGUGCAGUGUGGCAAAAGAUUGCGCUGUUUGCGAAUUGGCAUUUUACAACACUGUGCUGCAUCAAAUCUUUAAGAAAAACAUAUAUCCAUGCACAACACAAAUACUUAUAAUGGGAUUGGAUCAAUAAAGGAAAGCGGAAGCAAAUUGAGAGGCGUGUGUUUAAACAAUAAAUACACAACAAUAAUAAAGUUAAGAAAAACUGAACCCAAAUACACACACACAGCAUGAAGUCGACAGCAACAACAAAAUCACGGCUCGCAAGUCUCACCGAGGACAUCUCCAUAAUACCCGAGGACGCGCCAUAUCGGGCACGUCUCCACUUCCUGUUUGCACAAAUCGAGAAGGAAUUCGAGCAGCUAUAUCUGGAGAAUCUUAAUCUUCAAGACAAACUGGACAAUGCCACCGCCAGCACAAAGGAUGUACUGACUCCUUACACGGAGCAGCGUACUACAGCCGCUGCUUCUGCAGUUGCUCUUGUGGCCACGGGCAGCGGCGGCGCCUCGCUGGUUGCAACACCUGCCACACCAUCAUCAGCGCCUCUUGGCGAUGAGAUUGGCGCCAGUUUGCUGGCCGCCGCCUCCAGCACCCACAAGAGUCUCAAGGCCAAGCUGAGCAGCGCUACAGGCGGGAGCAAGGUGAAGGCAAGUAAUAAAAUCAAAGCCCAAACCAGUCGCAUUGUCUCCAGCUUCAAAGCCCAAACAGUCGUGAGUUCGGUGGUGCGUGAAUUCGGCGGCCACAAGGAUGGCAUUUGGCAGGUUGCCGCCAAGCAGGGGCAGCCCAUUAUUGGAACCGCAUCCGCGGAUCACACUGCAUGCAUAUGGGGCAUCGAGAGUGGGCGCUGUCUGCUGCAGUAUCAAGGUCAUGCGGGCUCUGUGAACUCCAUUAAGUUCCAUCAGCAUCGGGAUCUAGUGUUGACUGGCAGUGGCGAUGGCACUGCGCACAUUUGGCAGGCUGCCGUCAACUGGGAGGUGCCCAAAAAGGGUCACUCUUCCGAGGAAGAGCUUGACGAUAGCGACGGGCAGCUAGAGGAUCGUGAUCGUGUGGACACGCUACGCACACCGCUGUGCGAAUUUACGGGGCUGGGCGGGCAUCUCUCUGUCGUUGUUGCCGCCGAUUGGCUUUCCAGCAUGGAUCAAAUUAUUACGGGCAGCUGGGAUCGCACUGCCAUACUCUGGGAUGUGGAGACGGCCCAGCCCCUGCAGCCACUUACGGGCCAUGAUCAUGAGCUCACACAUGUCUCGGCGCAUCCCACACAACGUCUGGUUGUUACCGCUUCGCGUGACACCACCUUCCGCCUCUGGGACUUCCGUGAAGCCAUACCCGCUGUUUCUGUGUUUCAGGGACACACUGAGACCGUGACGUCGAGUGUUUUUGCGCGAGACGACAAAGUGGUUUCGGGCUCGGAUGAUCGCACCAUUAAAGUAUGGGAACUGCGUAAUAUGCGAUCAGCCCUGGCCACCAUACGCACGGAUUCCUCUGUGAAUCGUUUAGCUGUAUCCACGGGCGGUAUUAUUGCCAUACCACAUGACAAUCGACAGAUACGUUUGUUUGAUUUGAAUGGACAGCGUGUGGCACGUUUGCCGCGCACCAGUCGCCAGGGACAUAGGCGUAUGGUCUCCUCGGUAGCCUGGGCAGAGGAGCCACUGAUGAAUUGUGAUUUGUUCUCUUGCGGCUUCGAUCGACGUGUAUUUGGCUGGUCCAUAGUCUUACCAAAGGAUAAUUGAAAAUUACUAAAACGUUGAGCUGCAGUGCAGCCAAGGAAAUCAUCAUCAUCGGGAUGAUCUUCUAGAAAUAUAGAAAAGCGAAUAUCUCUUGAGCACAUCAGCGACGUUUUGUUGUUAUUGGUUUAACCACGCGACGCUUGUAUUAACUUAAACCAUCGGUAUAUCAAGUAUUUUACAAAAAAGAAAACAAUAAGAACAAAUAUUUAUUACGACUCGUUCUCUUUAUAAAU